ACGUAUUAUAGCAACCUUCUUAUCAGUACCUCCGUAUUGUGAUGGAUUUUUGACUUUUCAAAGCACUUGAAUGUGAACAAUGACGCCUCCACAAUUAUUGGAACACCAGUUAUUUAUAUUUUCCCCCUUCAGCAGGAGUCAGUUUGAAGUCGUAGCAAAAACUUUUUCUUGCAUGUUGAUGUUGAUAUUUCCCCUGAUAAGAAAGCUGACAGGCAUUAUUAUUGUUCCACGCCUCCAUACCGUUGAUUCCCCUGUUCAAUCGCUUUUUCGAUUUCUCUUCAAAUAACUUAAGGUUAGGUAGCACCAUACGGUACGUCUAAAAUCUGAAAUAACUUAAGGCUAGGUAGAAUAUUCAAUCUAUCAAGAUGUCGAUCUUGAUUUCUUUGGGCUCGUACGACGGGCAGGUGAGCGGAUGGGACGUUGGGGAGGGGAAGUUCGUGUUUGGAUAUACGACACAUCUAGGAUGCGUCAAAGACAUGCAUGCACGAGGCAAAACUCUAGUCUCCGCUUCUUCAGACGACACAUGUCGUGUAUUCGACCUCAACCUUAAGAAGGAUGUAGGCACGCUUUUGGGUCACGAAGGAGCCGUUGCGAAAGUUCGCGUGCUUAGAAGGUAAAAAGAACGAUUAUUGCUCGAUGCUGUUUUACGUCGAUUGAUCAACAUAAAAGGAUUGUAUGAAGAUAAGUACUAAGGUUUUUGUUCUGCUUGUUGUGUUGAGUUUGAAUCAACAUAGUUUUAUUGUUUUAUGUUUUGCUAGGCUUGCGGCCGCGCCCAUGAGUUAUAGCUAACACAGAUCUUCACAUUGGCAUGAGAAAAAGUAACCUUAUUCAUGUCGUACCAGUGCUCGUGGUCGUCCCGUGUGGUCCUCGUUGAUAUUUAUUGGUUUUUGUUAUUCUUGGCUUGUACAAUUACAACAGACAUAUCGUCACGGGUGGUGACGACGGCCGUAUCUGCUUUUGGCGCGCGCAGGACUUAGAGCAACUGCACAAGGUGCAGACGAAGAGCGUCGUUGCGCUUGCCACGGAUCAGGAGGAGAAGAUUUUGCUUUCCGCCCACAGCGACAACAAGUUGCGCAUGUGGGACAUGAGAAAUGCGCAGCCCGUCUGGCACUUGGGCUUAGACCUUCCCAUUGUCGAUCUCGCCUUCGAGUCAAAGCACUUGGCGAUCCUCCCGCGCGACGGCCGCAACAUCCAGAUCGUGAACGCACCGACAUCUGCCGUUCAGAGUAUCACAACCGACAGUUUCGCAAAGCGUGUGACUUCGCUCUGCUUUCUCGUGCAGAAGGACCAGACAAGGCUAAUGCUAGGCGACGCAGAAGGCAGAGUACGCAGUGUCCCUAUUGCCGACGAAAACAAGCCUGUGGGCGAUAAUGAAGAGUCCGUAGAAAUGGAGGACAUCAGCGACGGAGAUGAGCAAGAGCAGGAUCCUAGCAGUCUUUCAGAUGAUGAAGAGGAGGAAGAAGAAUUGGAAGAAGAGGAUGAAGAGUUAUCACUCGAAGGAGAAGAUGAAGACAUGAAGAAGUCGCAGAAAAGUGAUCCAAGCUGCAAGGAAUCCUCCUCGUCUACAUCUAGAACACGGGAAAUUGAGGUGCGGCAAGCUCCUGUUGUCGAGUCUGAGCGAAGCCGCGUCCGCUUCCUGUGUCCUUUAGGCGAUUUGGUGGUUGCGGCUUUCGCAGACGGCACGGUUGAGGUGUAUAAUGCUCUUGCGGGACGAAAAAUUUCGGAAUUCCAAGUCCCUUUCCGGUGCACAGCGGCUGCGGUAAGCUUCCUCGGUUCUUCUGACGACAUGACCUCUGCUUUAGCGAAGACUGGUGUGGUCGCUACAGGAGAUGCUGAAUCAGAUGACGAAGUAGAUCACUCUGAAGACGAGGAGAAGACGUCUGAGGCCGUGUCGGAAGAUGACGACAUCGACGUGAAAGGUGGAUCAAAAAAGGAGAAGACUGGCGACGAGCGACGUGUUUGCUUUGAUCUAUCUGACGAGGAAGACGAACAAAGAAUUUCCACUGUCAAGGAACCGAAAAAGGGGAACUCCCGUAGUUCAUCCGCAUCUUCUGUUGACACUUCUGCUUCGUCAACAACAACGUCUGAACUUCCGAAGACGACAAAAAAGAAACGCGGACGUCGAGCAGGCCAGGCAGCGCGCGAGCGAGAACUAGCGGAAAUCGAGCGACUCGCAAUACAGAACGUGAAGAAUGAGAACCGUUUGUUCAACAAGCUUGGAAGUGGAUCCUCUUCGCUUCAAAACAAGAAGAAGAGCGACAAGGAGUACACGAGAAUGUUAGCGCGGAUGAACUCAUGCAAGCUAGAGCGGGAACGCGCGGCGAAAAAGGAGGUCCAGAAGAGUGACAAGAAGAAGCUGGCGACCCAUAGGGCAAAAGAGGCGGAAAAAGCGAAACAGAAACGCGACGCGAAGGAGGGUCGAAGAAAGGAGCGGGAAAAGAAGAAGGAACAGGAAAAGGAAAACGAAAACAGGAAAAAAGUCGAAGAAAAGCAUGCGUCGAAAAAGGGAGGCAAACAGGGUGCUGGAGGAGGUGGAAAGCCUAAGCGUAAGGCUGGUGCUAGAAAGAAGUAAGCUUACUAACCACUCAAUAUAGACAAUGCAAGCUUUACACCUCGGUAUUUUUCGCACCUCAGGGCUCAAGCAAGUGAUUCCAAAACCACAAUGUGGCAGAAGAAGCGAAACCACCGCUAUCCUCUUUCUCUAUUCAAAGUGGACGAUGUUGUUGUUGAAUCGAAGCCAUGCUAUGCGCAAUUCUAAAUGUCAAAUAUUUGCGAACUGUUUUCUUGUCUACCUGGAAG